GGGUUCUGCCUUAUCCUUGAUUCUCCAGAUCAUUGCCGUCUUGAAAAUGGUGUGGUCUCAGAGCUUAGAUUUCAACAGUAUUUUGCCUGUAAAUCCAAAAGAGUAUGAUAACUUACAGCCUCCUAGAGGAAAUGGCGAAGCAACAGUCGUUAGGUUCCACAUAACAGUCCUCAGCAUAGACACCAUAGAUGAAGGCUCUAUGACGUAUGUGGCAGAUAUUUUCAUGUCCCAAAGCUGGAAGGACCACCGACUUAGACUGCCGGAGAACAUGACUAUGAAAUAUCGUCUGCUACCUGUCAAUUGGCUCAAAAGGAUGUGGAGGCCUGACUCCUUUUUCAGGAACGCCAAGAGGGUCACCUUCCAGGAAAUGACCAUUCCAAACCAUUAUAUAUGGUUGUAUAGCGACAAAACAAUUCUUUAUAUGGUCAAAUUGACGCUGCUCCUUUCUUGUGCCAUGAAAUUUGAAGCUUAUCCACAUGACAGCCAGACGUGUACCUUAAAGAUCGAAAGUUUGUCGUAUACUACAGACGAUUUGGUAUUCGAUUGGGAAGACGAAGUGCCAUUAGUUGUAGAUGAUGCCAUAGAGCUCCCUCAGCACAAUCUGGUAGAAUCGAGGCUUGGAGAUUGUACCAAAGUCUAUUCCACCGGAAAUUUUACAUGCAUCGAGGUGCUGUUCACUUUGAAGCGGCGUCUAGGGUACUACAUGUUCCACACCUACAUCCCCACCUGCCUGAUCGUCAUCAUGUCCUGGAUCUCAUUCUGGAUCAAGCCAGAAGCCGUUCCCGCCAGGGUCACCCUCUGUGUCACAUCUCUGCUCACUUUGUCGACCCAGCACGCCCAAUCUCAAAAGUCCUUGCCUCCUGUCUCUUAUAUUAAGGCCAUCGAUAUCUUCAUGUCUUCGUGCACAGUUUUUGUCUUUGCAUCACUCAUGGAGUACGCCCUCGUCAACAUCUUGCUGGGAGAGGGAGCGCCAGACGACUAUUACGGAAUGGAUGAUGACGGCCGGCCCAAUCCUUCGCCACAACAGCAGCAUUGUACAGUAACUAAGAACAUUAGAAAUGUUGUUGUGGUACCAAAAGCACAGGAGGGAUCACCACCUGUUCCGAAUGGCACGAAACCAAAAAAUGUGUCAUCCAGUUAUCGCCACAACAGACAUCGCCACAGGGCCAUACUAGUAGACAAGAUUUCCAGGGUGAUUUUCCCUUUGUCUUUCGUGAUAUUGAACACUGCUUACUGGUCGGUCUAUUUAGAUUUCGGCGACCUCUAG